UUGUGCGUUAAGAGCAAUUGAUACUAUCAACUACCUACCAAUAUUAAAAAUGAAGGUAUUAGCAAUGAUAAUGGUUUUAUUAUUACAAGGGAUUUGGUGCUCUGCUGAUUGUUGGGAGACUGAGAGAACUGCUCUCUUACAACUUCAGUCUCAUCUCAAUUAUUCUCUUCAACAUGAUCGAUAUCUUUCUUUUUACUAUUAUUUUUACUCUGAUUCUACGUUAUCCUUUUAUGAUUCUUCUAUGGAAAUUGAUGUUAUCAAGUGUUGUGAUUGGGAAAGAGUGAGGUGCAGUGCUACUACAGGGCGUGUUAUUCAACUCAAUCUUGAGAAUAUAAAAGAUUUUUUCGCAGAAAUGUGGUAUCUAAACGCUUCUUUAUUUCUUUCCUUCAAACACCUCAACUAUCUUGACUUAAGCGAGAAUAAUAUUGCAGGUUGCCUUAAAAAUGAAGGUUUGUAUAUUUAUAUUUUUCAUUAUGAUAAUUAUAAUUGCAUUGCAUUACAUAUGAUAAUCCAAAUUAAAUGAGUAUUUGGAAAUCCAUCAAGUUGCAUUUCAUAUAUUUUUUCUCUCUUUUUAUUUAUAUAUAAUUAUAAUUGAUUUUUAUAUAUGCAGGUUUUCAAAAGCUAUCCUCACUUGAGAAUUUGGAGUUUCUUAAUUUAGCUUCUAAUAACUUCAAAACUGAUAUUUUAUUAUCUUUAACUUAUCUCUCAUCUUUGAAAUAUUUAAAUCUAGAUGAUAAUGACAUGAAAGGAAGAAUUAAUAUUGAAGGUGAGCAUACAUAACUAAUUUUCUCCAUCUUUAUAUGUUCUCUCAUACCAUUAUAUAUUUUUAAUUAGUUACUUGUGAUGAGUGUAGAAUUGAACAGUUUGACAAAUUUAAAAAAUUUGAGUAUAUCGGGGAACGAAAUUGAAGGUUUUAAGUCUUUUAAUGGUGGUGAAGAAUUAUUAAAUAUGAGCAAUCUACAACAUUUGGAUAUAGGUUACAAUUACAUUGGAAAUGAUGUUCUAUCAACUCUUAGAGGACUCUCUUCUUUAAAAACUCUAUGGAUGUAUCAUAAUCAAUUGAAAGGAACUUUUGAUUUAAAAGAACUGGAUACCAUGAGUAAUCUAGAAGUGCUGUUUUUGGAUGAAAAUAACAUUACAAAAUUUAUCGGUUCAAGAGGACUCUCAUCUCUUAAAACUCUAUCGAUGGAUGAUAAUCAAUUGAAAGGAUCUUUUGAUUUAAAAGAAUUGGAUACCAUGAGUAAUCUGGAGGAGUUGGAUUUGAGCAGAAACAACAUUACAAAAUUUAUCGGUUCAAGAGAAAUGAGAAGCUUGAGAAAUUUAAGAGCGCUUUAUCUAUGGGGUAUAAUCACUAUAAAAGGAAGCAGCACUCUAUUAGAGUCAUUGGGAGCAUUGGCCCACCUAGAGAUCUUGGAUCUAAGUGGGAGUAACUUUGAAGGGGCAACAUUAUCAUUGGGAGCAUCCACCAAUCUCAAGAUCCUACAUAUGAGCGAGAGUCAUUUAAAAGGAACGAGAUUUGCUCAAGGUUGGUAUUUUUUGUAG